UAGGAUAGAGGAUUUAAAGAAAGCGGUACAAUUUGCUUUGUCAAACAUCUUUCUCGGAAGAUUUAACUUUCAAAGACAUAAAGGAAGAGAGCGAACGUGAAAAUGAUAGCGGAUCAUGAGUAUGCUGAACAUGUAUUCUUUCUUCCCUGUCUGGAGAAAAAAAGCAAAAGCCGGCAUAAACAUGAAAACAGCUGAUUCGCAUUUGUAUACUAGUAUGUCGAUGUGUGAGUGAUGGUGAUGGAGAUGGGUGUGUGAAUCCAUAUGACGUUUACAUUUGGAGGAAAAUGCAAAAAAAAAAUCACAAUUGUCAAAAAUUUGUUGAGCAGAUAGGAGAAAAACAAUCGGGCUGCACUGCGGGGAAAGAAAAAGGUUAAUUUAUCACAUUUAGAUUGUAAAAUCGAUUUUGUAACAUUGUGUUAAAGCUUCACCCCAAGGUGGCAAUGGUGCAUAGAUCAUGUUGAACUUCUUCUACAUAAUAAUAUUUUGUUCUCUCGCUUAUCUUGUUUUAACAUGGCUAAUACCAAAAUUGAUUGGAUUCGUGCUGAAAAAGUUGUACAAUAUAGAAAUUAACGUAGGUCGCAUCAGUUUGCCCUUUUCGAUACGUGAUGUGACCAUUUGCAAAAGCGGAUUUUCAGUACAGAUCGAUGAAAUUAGUCUGCAAAGUAGUUUCGUCAAUUCGGACGUUUCGAAGCUGCUGUCCAUUAAUGUGCGCGAUGUACGCAUCAACAAGGAUAUCAACAAACCGCCCGCUGGAGGAGGCGGAAAUGCAACAACCCCGGGUAGCUACGGUAAUCCGUCCGGAGCGGGUUACAGUAGCGAUUGGACCGGAUUUCAAGCAAAGGCGAAGUGCAACCCCCAACGGAAGCCGCUCGAUUUCCGGGAAAAGAAGGUACCGCCACGGCUACUCAAGUUUGCCCAAUUCAUGGCGGUACACAUAAACAAUGUUUCGGUAGCAUUGUUAAACAGUGCCCAGGAACCUGGCUGGUUGCUGCAUGCCACUGCCAAAGAGCUGCACCUUGACGGUAGUCUCGUGCACAGUACCAAAUCGUUGCUCGUAUCCGCAUCGCUCUGUGAUGCGCAGGCGAAGAUUCUGCGCCAUUGCAUAUCUACCCCGAAGAGACUGGAACGAUCGCGCAAAAUAUCCGAUCUUCCGCAACCGUGUCUCGGUGAGCUAAGUUUUGGUAUUGCACUGGAUGGAGUGCUGGUGGUGGAUGCACCGAUGUCGCUGGAAAAGCUCAGCCUCGCAAUGACAACGACCAAAGUGACGCUGCACGGUGGUUUGUACGAGUUCAUUAAGGAUACGCAGGCACAGAAACGCCGACAUCAGCUGUUUCUUCGACAGCAUGGCGUUCCGGAGACGGAACACGAACCGGACCGUUCGUUUGAGUCAAACGCGCAGGAAGAAUUUUCCCUGUACGAGUGGUACCAGCGGUUUGCGCCGGUUAUACCGAAAAACUUUUUCGUGAAAAUAGAAAACACCACCAUCAGUGCGGUGCGUGAAAACUCGUCGAAUGAUUUCUCUGCCACGUUGCACAAGUUUGCGGUGUCGAGCAAAUUUAGCACACCGCCGAUCACCAUCGCAGAAGAGCAUCAGCUGCCGUUGGUCUAUGUAGGGAUGCAGUUGCAGCAGCUCGAGAUCGACACGAUGCACGAGAAGCUGCUGUUUUUGCAGCAGUUUAGCGUGGAUUCAAAGCUGGAGGGUAGUUUGGUGAACAUUUACUCAAAGCUUUCAUCGUUUGUGCUGAUAUAUAACCAUCGUGAGAUUUACGGCUGGAUUAGCAAGAACUUUUUCACCGGUGAUCGUACAACUCGGCAGCUCAAUCCAAAAAGUUUGAAGCUAGCUGGAUUGGCGGCACAGUGCAGAACAAGACGAACGUCCGCCGGCGGUUCAAAGAUGCUGGAAGACUUCCUGAAGCGUAUCGUCAUCAAGGGCUGUGCCGAGCUGUGGGAUGUAACGACCGUCUUCCGGUUUGGCCCAUCGCAGGUUUCCUCCAUAUGUUGCAAUCAUGCCAAACUGUUGCUGGAACAGUUUGCUGAAAAGCGUAGCAAGGUGUACGAUAGUCGAAUGUUGAACUUACUGCUCGAUCGUAGACACUGGAGUACUGAGUUGCUAAUUGAAUCCGUCUGGUGGUCACUUAGUUCGAACAUUUCACACAAAGAAAAUGCCCAAAGCUUGAAGAAGGGGCAUAUACGCGGCAGUCCCUUCUACGUAGCGAUGAGUUUGUGUAAACUGAGCAGUUACGGUGAUACGACCAAGCUGGACUUUUCGGUGCACACAUUUCGAGUGGAGUAUAGCCCAACGCUGGCAGAUUAUUUGGUGAACGCGAAACGCUGCCUGGAGCAAUACCGUUCGACGACAACGACGAACACAAGGCAGCAAUCCGCACGCGACACUCAUACACAUUUGGCGGGCAAGGAACGCCGAGGAUCGCUGGCUACGAUUGAUUUAGUGAUCACUGCACGCGUGACAGAUAUUUCUGGAUUUUUCUUCAAUCAGCACGAAACGUGUAUGCUGGCAAACUUGAACGAGCUGACCGUGGGGAAGACGGCUAUGAAGAAUUUUAUCCGCUUCGACAGCUUCCAGAUGGAGAUACUGGAUUUCCGGCACAUAACUGGCUGCGAGUAUGGUUCGGCCGAGCUGCAGAAUGUGUUUGCCAACGUGAAGGGCGUACGGGUGGAGCACGUGGACGUCGGAGGCGUACCGAAGGUAGACGUUUGGCUGCUAGAAGACGCGAUCGUGAUGUGGAAUACCAAUCUACAUAUGCAUAUUGUAACGCUGCUGCAAGAGAUGCGCCAGUUGAGGGAAAACUUGAAAACAAAAACACUUCCCGAACCUCCGUUGGAUUUACCCGUGGUAGAACCGGAAAGGUACGAAUCGGCAAGGAAAUCAUUUUUCCGAUCGAUGAUCCUCGAACUGUACGCCGAGGGAAGUGUGGAGUUUGGCAUAAAGAUCAGCGAACGGCACUCAAUGCAGGUGUUCGGAGAAAAUGCGCUCGUGCACCGGAAGGGCCAGUGGAUGCUGUCGAUCGAAAACAUUGUGAUCAAGAUCGACGAUCAGCACAUAUUCACCAUUAAGGACAUGGUGAUGGAAUCAUUGGAGCGGGUUGAGUUGCUAUGCCAGGAGCGGCAAAACUAUGAUCAUUUCCAGCUCGACUCCAACCGUGUCUGGGCGACAACCAUUGGUGGUGUGAAGGUGAUCUUCCCGUACGAGCACGAUUUCUAUGGUGCGAUAGUAAAUGAGCUCGUGUCGAUCUACAAGUGGUUGAAGGUGGUGCACAACUACAAGAAGAAACCGUUCACAAUUAACAGUCCAUUGCCGAGUGAUAUGAUAAUACAGAUAAAAGAAUUUUUGCUUGAAAUGAGCGACGAUCCAUUCGAGGUAAAGUUGCGCGACAAUUACGUGCUACUGCUGGACGAGUACCACGAAAGCGUCAAGCGGAAGGAGCUGUUUGAUCAAAAGAUUGCCCAACUGUGCUCGGAACGUCUGAUGCUGCCACCCGGUACGCUUGAGGAGCUAAACGCGAAUCUGAUAAAGAAAAAUUCAGAAAUUUACAUUCAACGAUCGAAGAAAAUCUCCGAAUCCGGUCCACCGCGUACCCGUCUCAUUGCCUGGAUUAUGACCGAUUUGGAAAUUAUGGCGAUGGCAGAUCCAUCACUGCACGGCGCAGACAAUGCGGUUCGUUGGUUGCGCAUGCUAGACCCGGAAAGCCCGUGGCCGGACGAGGGUAUCGAGUUCGUGACACUGUGGGUGCGUGCCGUCAACAUCGGGUGCAGCGAGUGGAAGUUUAUGUUGCGCGACUACCCCCAGCCAAUGUUUCACGUGAAAGCAAUGCAUCUGUUUGGGACGCUAGCGGGCGCUGAAAUGGCACCGCCAAGACGCGCCAAGCGUGACGUGGAGAUCGAGCUGGGCGAACCGUUCGGGACGCACACAGUACAGCGCAGCAUGACGUCGAUAAAGUUUUAUCACGAUUUCAACUGGGAGCUGGAGUAUCUAGCGUACGCGUUCGGACCCUGCUGGGAACCGGUGAUGGCGCAGUGUAAUCUAAUGAUGGAGAAAAUUUCUGCCCCGUCACGCGAUCCGAGUCCACCGUUGCCAUUCUGGGAUAAGAUGCGAUUGCUAAUGCACGGUCAGUUAUCGAUCAUCGCAAAGCAGUUUACGAUUUUGUUGCAUGCCUCGCUGGAUCCGUACAACACCACGGAGGAAAUGGAGCUUACCUGGAACAACUGCGGCAUAAUGUAUUCGAAUGCGCGCCUAAUGUUUAAGGGUGAUCUGAAUAUCUAUGUGCGAACGGCGUCACGGUAUGACGAUUGUAGGUUGCUUCAUCUGCCUAACUUAAAGCUGACGUUCAAGCUGAACUGGGUGUGCCUGGCGAAUCCGAACGAUCAUCAUGCGGUCGUGCCGUGUGCACCGGAUAAGCUGCCCGAGUACAGCAGCAAUCAAGUGCACGAUUCCUUCCGAGCGUUUCGUUCGCAGCAUCUGAACAUAUGGGUGUCGUUUGAAAUCAAGCAAAACGCUAUGUCGGAUUACGAUAUUCCCAAUCUGGUGCUUUACGGCAGUACACUGCGGUGGUUCGAAAGCUUAAAGCUAAUCCUUUCCGGGGUUACGCGUCCGACACGUCGCGGACCGGUGUUUAACAAUGUGCGUCCGAGGAAAAAGCAACUGAGUCGCCAUUAUCGCAAAGCGAACCUUCAGAUGAGUUUGCACCGGUUUCAGAUAUUUUACUGGAUGUCGCACGCAUUGAAUCGUGGCUUUCAGCUAAGCGGAGGAAGAAUUACGUUUAGUUCGGAGCACACACUAACACUGUUACCGAUUGACGAUGGAUUGAUCCAUCGCCCACGGGCCGACUGGUCGGUUAUGUAUAUGAACUGUGAGCUAAACGAUGCCGAGAUUUGGCUGCGCACGACACAAAUCAGCAACGAGCAGCAACAGCAGCAACGCACCGAUACAAGCUCGGAAAGCCUUUCGAACGCUAGCGGUGACAUCUAUCGGUAUUAUUUCCUGAGCGUCGCGAGGGUUUCGUACGGCCGGGAAGCAUUGCUUUCCACCAAUGGGAACGAGCGUGAAAAGGACACGCCAACGCACAAGCUCGUGGUGUACGAUCUGAAGGGUGCAUGGACCAAAGACAACAGAGAUGUUGCGUUCGCACUGUUCGAUUCGCUUGUUAAGAGCCAGAAGUUGAAAAAUAACCUCGCUACGGAAGCGUUGAAGUGUUUCCGCAAAGAAGGUGGUACCGCGGGUGCGGGUACCGGCAGUGGUUCGACAGGAGGCGGUGGAUCAACGGCAGCAGGCGGAGCGGAUCUGGGAACACCGUUUAAAUCGAGAAGUACCGGGCAAGAUCUGCAUCAGGGUGGUGGCGGUGUAGCAGGAACCACUAGCAGCGGAGGCCACCUAAGUGCGAAGGGAAAAGCGCAACAGUCCAGCGAUAGUAUGGCGAUGUUGCAGCAGCUGAUACAGGAAGCGGACCAUAAACCUUUGGUAUACAGUGAUGAUCAGUCGGCGCAGACGCGCCAGCAACAGCUAAAGGGCCUGCAAGCAUACCAGGAGGGUGAUGUGCUGCACUACAACUGGGCGAUUUCGCUGGUCAACUCACAGGUGUUGUUGAAGGGCUGCGAAACGUCCGGGUAUGUGAUACUGAGCGCAGCUAAGGCGGAGAUCUUGCAGCGUGUUCAUCGACCGGUAUGGCGAGAUCACACGAUCGUUUCGAAAACGACGUGGGUCGGGUCGCUGGAGUGCAUGCAGUACUACGCAACGGUGAGUGCGAACGAGGGUGACUCGCAUGAGAUGGCCGAAAUUAUGUGGCUCACGGUGGACAACAUCCAGGAGAAGGAUCGUGACGCGCCGGUCGUAAUUAGUGAGCUGCCCGAUCUGCCACAUCUCGUGGGCAGUGGGCAGAGCGUCGGUGGAGUCGUAUCCGAGACGGUUGGAGUACUUGGCGAGAGCAGCUACACCAGUGGACAGAAACCACCGAUUCAGCUGCAGCGCAUCGUGUCGCGAUGUAAGUGUGAAUUUUUCUACGUCAGCUACGGUGAUACCAGCAUCGAUCCGGGCAUGAUCAGUGAGGUACCGCCACCGCCGGUCGAGGAAUCGAUGAGCCCGUGGGAAAAUCAGGACGAACCGGUAGAUGCGUUCACGCUGAUGCAUCACGACCUGGACGUGUGUACGAACUCGCUCCAGUAUGCGAUGAUACUGGACAUCGUGAACAAUUUGCUGCUGUACGUGGAGCCACAGCGCAAGGAAGCGCUGGAACAGCUCGCCCGGAUGCGCUUCCAGCUGCAGCUAUAUAGUAGCGAGGAUCAGAAGCGACCGAUCCAGCAUCUGCAGACAGAGAUCCGAAGUUUAAUGUCACGCAUCCGAUGUCUGGAGAAGGACAUUCAUUUUAUCACGAAGGCACGCUUGGAAGAAGGAGACUCGGAGGAGUUGCGAGUUGAGUUCGAGGAAGUGCACAACUCCAUCCUGUACUUCAAGGAGCUGCUGACGACGAAAAGCGACGAGCUGGAUAUGAUGCUGUCGUGCUACAACGAAGCACAGCUGUCCGCAUCGAACCGUUUGGCAACGUUCCGCAAGGACAAACCGGUCACGAUCGUACGUGCGAACGAAAUCUGCUUCAAGCAUGCCCAGUGGCGUCUGACGGAGGCGGACGGUCAAAUCGGUAUUGCCGAUCUCAUCCUGAGUAACUUUUUGUACACGAAAAACUCGAAGAGUGAUGAUUCGGUGGACCAUCUGCUAGAGCUGGGCUAUAUUAGGAUAAGCAAUUUGAUACCGCGCGACAGCUAUACAGAGGUUCUUUGUCCGACCGAAAUUCAGCGUGACAUGCCGGUGGAGCAUAAGCGUGUGUUGCGGGUAUUCUGUCGCGAGAAACCACCGGUUGGCGGAAUCUCCGUGAAGGAACAUUUUGAGAUUAACGUCGUUCCGAUCACGAUACAAAUCUCGAAGAAAUUUUACAAUACGAUGCUAAAGUUUUGCUUUCCCGAUCGCGACGAAGCGGAUGCAGCCGAUGAGCUUGAUGCGAGUGUUGACGGCAGUGGUUCGGUCGCUAGUACAAGCGGCAGUGGGUCUUCCGUGGCCGUGAAAGGAGGCAUUAGAAAAACGAACUCAUCUUCGUUAGCUGGUGGUGUUGGAAGUGGCGGUGGCGCUAGUGGUAGCGGUGGUGGUGGUGGCGGUGGCAGUGGUGCAUCCGCUUCCUCGAGCAGUUCCAUUUCCACCGCAGGUGGAUCGAAAUCUUCCGCCGGCGGUGGCAAAAAGGCUUCCAAGGAUAGCAACUUUUACGUGCGCAUCCAGGACGAUGUGGAAAAGAUGAAGGAGCGGGCAGAGAAGAACAAGCUGUUUAUCUACAUCAAGAUACCGGAGGUACCGGUCAAGGUAAGCUACAAGGGCAAUAAGGAGAAAAAUUUCGAAGACAUCACGGACCUGGCACUGUUGAUACCGACGCUCGAGUAUCAUAACGUUACGUGGACCUGGCUUGACCUGUUGCUAGCAAUGAAAUCGGACAGUCGACGUGUUCUUUUAUCGCAGGCAAUAAAGCAAAAGCUAAAACUGAAGAAAGCCCUUGUUGACGAGCAACCAUCACCGCAGGAAGAGGAUAAGGCUAAGAUGCUGUUCGGCAAUCGUCAUGCGCGUGCUCGGAAUAAGCCGGAAAACAAAAGCCUUCGCAAGGGUGUAUUUAAGUUUUCCAAAUCAUAAGGAAAGGGUGUAAAUCCGGAUAAAAAACGGCAAGAAACAUCACCAGAAUAAGGGAGUUUAAGGAAUAAGACAAAAGUACGCUUCAGAUUCGUCAAAUUAUAUUCUUCACAUUAUAUAUGAAAUCAAGUGAUCCUCUAAUAUCAUUUAUCACUCUAAUUAUCAGUAUGUACCAAGUUCGGGUGUGAUUCCCAAGUGCAAUCAUCGAACCAUAAAUGUAAUUUUAAUGAAGACCCAAGUUUCAUCAUACAAAAUGAGAAUAGUUUCAAGAUAACAGGGGAAUCCAGUGAACAGAUAGAUUUUUACAUCAAAUCUUCAAUGCUUUGCAGUUUGUUGAUAAGAAACCACCAUCUGUGGCAUGGCCAAUAAGUGGGCGAGUGAAGGACAAGCGUAGCCAGUGACGUUUUCAUAUAGGGAAGAACAUAUAGUGCAAGCUUUAAAGGCACCACAUCAGGAUUAUUUACAUUUUAUUGAUGUAAGUGUGAGAUUAUUUAUGUUUUCGAUAAAGCAUUUUCUUGUUUUUUCUAUCUUAUUUAUAUCCGCGGACCAAUCAGGUGCGUUCUGGAAGAAUGAUUUCACGACUUUGUGUUGCAGUUAUUUGUUGUUAGUAUAGCUGUUUGUGUAUUAUUUAUGGUAACCGUAUUUACGGCACGAAACUGUGCAAUGUGGUUCACGUUUUAUUUCAAGUCACGACGAUUAUGCUACUAAUGUGCUUCUAUGUUAUACCAGAAUGUGCUUUGUUACCAUUGGAUUAACUUAGGAGUAGAAAUAAAGCGAUUACUAGUAGCAUACACAGAGCGGGCAGAGUUAAAAGGGUUUUAAGGUUAACGACAGGCAUGUUUGUGUUUGAACAAGAGAAUGUUAGUUGUUUGUACAAGAAAGAAAAGAAUGGAGCAAUGUGCGAGUGCUGAAGAUGCAACAAAGGUUCUAAAUAUUCCGUACCAAAGUUUUCAAACAGUGUUGCUUUUUAUUUUUUAGUAUCCUCCAGAAUUCCGUUUUGUACAUAUAUCACGUGUAGUGUAAUUUAAAUUGCUGAAAAAAUGUACUUACCAACACGUAUUCCAAACAUAUUCUCAAACAAUUACGAAAUCAAUCUUUGGUACACUGUUUGAACAGAAACAUAAAGAAAAAACAAUUUUAUUCAUCCAAAAAAGUCAAAGAGGUCAGUUAUGACGCUGACGAAUUUGUGCAAAUUAAUAGAUAAAAGUAAAACCCCUUUUUGAAAUCGAUCAUGGGACAGGGAAGCAAAUGUAAUUUUGUAUCACUAAGCAGUAAAUAGUAAAUAUACAAUAUACAAAUAAAUAAGUUACACUCUUGUUCCUACCCUUCCUGCGGCGUAUACGGUGUACCGGUAAUAAUGGUACCGAUAAAACCGUUCCGCAAGAGGCGAACAGAGAGAUAGAGAGCAGCCUGUGCCGUUCUCAAAAUUUUCCUAAACAACUAUAGAGUUAACGUACCGCGCGCACUGUGCUGGGUGGAUCAGCGAAAGCCCGGUUUUUCUUAGGGAUGUGUAUAACAGUGGUGUUUGUUUUGCGGUUAAAAAAGUCAUAUAAAAAAAGAUCCCCCGGGGUACGCGGUCCAUGGCCCAGCUUCCAUCACAUACCGGCAAAAUGUGUGUCGCGUGUAUAAACGUGUUACGAUUGUAUAUAAAGAACAUGAUUGUUAAAUCGUUGCGUAUGCUGCAUUAUAUUGUUGUUUUUUUU